AUGUCGACUUCAAGAGGAGAGGUGGAGAAGUUCGACGGACAUGGAGAUUACAUCCUAUGGAAAGACAUGCUGUUGGCUCACAUAGAUCUGUUGGGUUUGUCCAGAGCCUUGGAAGAAUCCGACUCAAUAACAGCUACUCCAUCGGGAAAAGAAACGGCGGAAAAAGCAGAAAAGGAUGAAACUUUCGCAGAGAAGAAGAGGAAGGCUAGAAGCGCCAUCGUUCUAUGCAUCACUGAAAGGGUUCAAAGAAAGGUCAGGAAGGAAGUGACCGCAGCAGCGAUGCUUAGAGCUUUGGAUCGGUUGUAUUUAGCCAAAGCUCUCCCAAACCGGAUCUACUUGAAACAAAAGCUGUAUGGUUUCAAGAUGUCGGAAAGCUCUACGAUUGAGAAGAAUAUCGAUGAUUUUCUUCAGCUGGUAGACGAACUGGAGAAUGUCGGAGCUACUGUAUCGGAUGAAGAUCAAGCCAUCCUGCUUCUCAUGUCACUCCCGCGUCAGUUUGAUCAUCUCCGAGACACUCUGAGGUACUCAAACCGAGCGACGCUAACUCUUGACGAGGUGGUUGCUGCAGUAAACUCAAAGGAGCUCGAUUUUGGCUCAAGCCCAAAAAGUUCGAAGAGUCAAGCAGAGGGGCUAUGUGUCAGAGAAAAAGGAGAACAAAGGGGAAGAGGAGAACGCAAAGAAAAGCAUUCAAAGCAGCAAAGGUCUAGGUCCAAGUCUAAGAACAGGAAAGCUUGUUGGAUCUGUGAAGAAGAGGGACAUUUUAAGAACAAUUGUCCUAACAGAAACAAGUCUCAGAGCAAGAGUAAAGACUCAAGUAGCAGCAGAGGUGAGGCUGCUAUGGUGACAGCGAAUAAGAAUGAUUCUACAGGCUUGUACGUUUCCGAGGCCCUGCAUUCGACAGAUAUAAGUUUGGAGAAUGUUUGGGUAAUGGAUACAGGAUGUAGUUAUCACAUGACUUACAAGAAAGAGUGGUUCGAAGAUCUUAAAGAAGAUGUUGGAGGAUCUGUUCGGAUGGGAAACAAAACAACAUCAAAGGUCAAGGGAAUUGGGAAUGUAAGGAUCAGAAAUGAAGAUGGAUCCACUGUGCUGCUUACUCAUGUGAGGUACAUUCCAGAGAUGGACCGUAAUCUGCUCUCCAUAGGGACCAUGGAGGAGCAUGGAUGUAGUUUUGAGUCAAAGGAAGGGAUCCUGCAAAUUAAAGAUGGAAACAGAACUCUCUUGACUGGAAAACGACAUGAUAAGCUGUACAUACUUCAAGGGAAGCCUGAGAAUGGUCAUUCAUGCGUUACAGAGAAGCGACCUGAUGAAACAGUCUUAUGGCACAUGAGACUAGGUCACAUGAGUCAGAAAAACAUGGAUCUGCUGGUGAAGAAAGGUCUUCUCGACAGAAAGAAAAUUUCUACUCUAGAGAUGUGUGAAGACUGUGUUUAUGGUAAGGCAAAGAGGGUCAGUUUUGCAGCAGAUACACAAGAUACAAAAGACAAACUGGAUUACAUACACUCUGAUUUGUGGGGAGCACCUUCUGUUCCAUUGUCUUUAGGGAAAUGUCAGUAUUUCAUCUCAUUUAUAGAUGAUUAUACAAGGAAGACAUGGGUUUAUUUCCUAAAGCAUAAGGAUGAAGCUUAUGGAACAUUUGUUGAGUGGAGUAUCAUGAUAGAGAAUCAAGCUGAGAGGAAGAUCAAGAUCUUAAGAACUGACAAUGGCCUUGAGUUCUGCAACCUGCAGUUCAACAACUUCUGUAAAGAGAAAGGCAUUGUGAGACACAGAACGUGUGCUUACACCUCACAACAGAACGGCGUUGCAGAGAGAAUGAACCGCACUAUCAUGGAGAAAGUGAGAAGUAUGUUGAGUGAUUCAGGUUUACCUAAGACGUUUUGGGCUGAAGCUACUAACAUUGCUGUGACUCUCAUCAACAAAACGCCCUCUUCUGCUAUAAACUUUGAGAUUCCAGACAGGAAGUGGUCAGGGAGAGCUCCAGUUUACAGUUACUUAAGAAGAUUUGGGUGUGUAGCGUUUGUUCACUCAGAUGAAGGGAAAUUGACACCUAGAGCAAAGAAGGGAGUUCUUAUGGGUUAUCCUGAAGGAGUGAAAGGCUACAGGGUAUGGUUGUUAGAAGAGAAGAAGUGCACAAUAAGCAGGAAUAUUAUUUUCCAAGAAAAUGCAGUCUAUAAAGACGUAUUAAAGAAGGGAAAAGAAGCUUCAGGCGAUCAAAGUGAAGAAUCAGGUUCUCUGCUGCUGGAUAUUGAUCUUGAGGAAACAGAGGAUAUGACCUUGGGUGGAGAUCUCUCGGAAGAAACAGGAUCCCUGGGAGAUCUCUCGACAACUCAAGGGUCAGAAACAGCUCAAGACACGCAGCAGAGUGGAGAUGAUCAAGAUGCAGUAGAUUUGGAAACUGAAUCACCGCAGAGCUAUCUCUUAGCUCGGGAUAGAGAAAGAAGAGAGGUUAGAGCAACGAGAAGGUAUGAUAUAGAGGGUUACUUUGGAGAAGACUGUGAUGACGAAGGUGAUUACUUCUAUGCAGAGUGCCUUAUCACGACAGUAGACGGUGAUGCUCUUGAACCUGCAAACUUCAGAGAAGCUAUGAGCGAUGAGGAUUGGUUACUGUGGAAAGAAGUUGCAGAUGAAGAGAUGAAGUCUCUCUUAAAGAAUUUCACCUGGACAAUUGUUACAAGACCUAAAGGACAGAGAGUGAUCAGCUGUAGAUGGAUUUUCAGGCGUAAACCUGGAAUUCUCGGAGUUGAGAUGCCAAGACACAAAGCUAGGCUUGUUGCUAAGGGAUAUGCUCAGAGAGAGGGAAUAGACUAUACAGACAUUUAUGCACCUGUGGUCAGACACGUCUCUAUAAGGAUUCUAUUGGCCAUUGUUAUAGAAGAAGACUUGGAGUUUGAACAACUUGAUGUUAAAACAGCUUUUCUUCAUGGAGAAUUGGAUGAGAAGAUUUAUAUGGAACCUCCUGAAGGUUUUGAAGAUCAGUUUGAGCCGGAUCAAGUAUGUCUGUUAAACAAGUCUCUCUAUGGUCUGAAGCAGUCACCAAGAAAGUGGAACCAGAAAUUCGACAGUUUUAUGAUUGAGAUUGGUUUUGAGAAAAGCCUUCGAGACAGUUGA